AUGCAAGCUUGUAAAUUGAUGAGAUAUGCAGCGUUUGAUGCAAAUACGAGUGAAAUAGUGGUUGCCUUGUCAAAUAUAGAUAAAACUCGUUCAACAGAUAAUAUACCGGCCGGUGAUUUAAUUCGAGCAGUUUCUAUAAAACAUGUUAAUCAAACAAUUUUCAAGCAUCCAGCAAUGCAAUUACUUGUUCACGAGUCACACUCCAUCUUCUCUCGCGCACAGCGUGAUGCAAAAGUAUUCACACUCACAGUAUCUGAUGUGCUGUCAUACAGUUUACAGUAUCGUUCCAUUAUUCGAUCAACACUUUCAACAAUUCCUGUAUCGGAAUAUGAAAUUAAAGAAUCACUCAGCACAGCAGAGCUUAUUUGGUCCCUUGUUGAAGCUAUUUUCAUCAAAACUCAUGAUUCUUCUAUUGUGGUGGACUUAAUGAGUUGGGCUCGUUUAUGCUUGGCGCAUACUCCGUAUGUUGAUGAAAUUUCAAACGUACUUCGCGGCAGCAAAAUAAAGCGACUCAAUAAGCAACAUUUUUGGCAGCAGAUUAUCUAUUUUGUUCUUAGUGGUAUGUUCAAUAAUGCAGCUACUUUUCUGGAAACAUACGGUAAUUUAUGUGAUGAUGUUGCUGUACGAUGCUUAGCUAAAGUACUUUCCGAAAUAAAAAUGAAUGUUCUGAACGAUGAAAAUACUGCUUUGGACUUUAUUACUACACAGGAGGAAGUACGUAAUAUGUGCACAAGAGGACUUUUUCGAACAAAUGCUGAAGCUGAGAAGGUAGCGAUGAUUAUUGCUGGUGACAUUCCAACCAUAACAUUGGUUUCAGCUCAAUUGGACAAUUGGUUUGAAUUGGUACCACCAUAUUUAUUAUUCAUUCGGCCAUGUGCUACUCUUCCUCAACUUAAGGAUGCUGUUAAGGAUUGUUUAAAAAUUUUCGGCAUAAAUAAAUGUGACGGAAUUGAUGCUGUAAUGUGUGAGCUGUUUUCACUGGAAGCAUUACGAGCUCUUCAUCGAAUUUCAACUUCAAGCACCAAUUGGUGGUUUCCAGCUCAUCUGGCAGAUUUGUUGCAAAAAGCUGAUGAACGGAUAAUAAGUGCCUAUGAUAUGGAUGUACGUCAACACUUGAUUAUUGAAUAUGGGUCGUCACUCUUCAGUGAACCUGGAUUAUGGCAAGUGGGAUUUGAUUAUCUUCGUGAAACUGGUAAUGAAGGAUUGAGUCAUCUAGAGUUAUUGAUAGCACAGGUACCUCUGGAUAACGAAACUGUUGCUACGAAGUUAUGUUCACUAUGCGAUGAAGUAGAUUUUGAUCAAACGCGAAAGGAUAUUGCACGAGCUAUGGCUUACAGGUUAUUGCGUACUGGGCGAUGGGGUGGCGCUCUUUCCUGGGCAAUACGAUCACGUGAUAUCGAGAUUGUUUCUACUGUUGCGGAUCAGGUGAUAUCACGAUGUUCACCAGAUCAAUUUUCGUCCAUCACUGUUGUUGAGCAUUUUACAGAAGUGAUGCUCCUUUCUUCAUCAUUUAUAUUUUUGCAUCGAUAUUAUAAAUUUCGAAAAUUGCUGGAUUCAGACCAGAAAGUCAAAGCUGCUGAAUUGCUGGUAGAACUAAUUGUUUCCGAUUUAGUGCCGAGAGAAUUUGAUGUUAUACUUCUCUCCGACUUGAUUUCUAUUCUCAGUGAGGAAGAUGAGGUUAUCAUAAGCAAAGAUGGUAGUGAACAGUUAUUGGAACAUUUAGUAAAGUAUGAAGCAGACGGUCCGUUUCAGCAUAAUUAUGAUGAAUGGAAAAUGCGUUUACGUACGGUUCGCUUCUUACUGUUACGAAAUUUGGCUCAUGUUAUCUCUUCUACUUCUUUGUGA